AUGUCAAUGGAGUUAAUGGGAUCAAAGAAUUGGAAUACUGGGCCACUUGCAGCCUAUUACAAACUACCACUGAACCGUAUCAUUGUGAUGUAUGAUGAUAUGGACUUGCCAUGUGGAGUCCUUCGGAUACAACCCCAAGGUGGGCAUGCACAUCAUAAAGGGUUAAAGAGUGUAAUUUAUCACUUUCGAGGAAACAGAGAAUUUGGUCGAUUUAGAAUUGGCAUAGGAAGACCCCCAGGUCAGAUGGAUCCAAAGGCUUUCCUGCUUCAGAAAUUCAACAAAAUAGCUCGUGAAAGGAUCGAUUCAGCUUUGCAAGAAGGGGUUGAUAUCCUGAAGAUGCUCUUAGAUAAAGGCUUGACAGAGUGUUCAAGAUCCGCAAACACCGAACAGAAAUACAAGCAUUUCAACAAUUUAGAUUUUUUUUAUAGCUUUUACUUUUUUAAUUGUAUGGGAAUUUAA